CCGUUUGGAGUUUGCCCAGGAGUAUGGACCACAAACUGGGAUAAAGACUAUCAAAAUCAGGCUCUAUGACAGAAGGAGUGGGCUGACCUGGGAGAGUUUUAUCCCUGCAAUCCAGCGACUGUAAAAAUAACAAAACCAUAAAACCAUUAGUGACGCAAGAGGAGGCAAAGAUUUGUUGGAUAUCAGAUUAUGCCAGUGGAGGUUAUGACUCUGUUUGAUAAGGAGUUUCAUGAUUAUUCAAUCGAUGAGAUUUCUGUGGAAUACACCUGUUGUGUUAUCCAGGUUAACAUUGGAAGUUCUCCAAAGAGGAGGCAUGGAGACAUGACUGAUAUGGACCCAACUUUCAGAAGCUAUUACUGAUUAGCAAACUAGUCCUCUAUUAUUCUACAAGUUUGUGUGUGUUUGCAUUGGCUUACAUAAGCUUGUUUAUCAGGGUGUGUCUUUAUGUGUGUCCAGGUAGGUUAAAAUGGCUUUGUGGGGUAUAAAAGCAGGUGUGCAUUAGUCGGUGCUCCCUCAGAACGGGAGAGGAGAGCAAACCAUCUCAUUUGCCGAUCAGAUCACAGACAGAUCAUCAGCAUAAAGGAGCAUUAGAAGAAGUCGAGCUCGGAGAUGUCUGAAUAGCAUGUUCUGAACAGUCUUGGCAUGUGUGAAAACAGCGGAGAACUGGUGGGCAAAGAAGCAAGAAAGCAACUGUUGAUGGUGGACUUUAUUCCAAAACUUGUUUGGAUUUGCCCUUCCUUUUGCAACUUAAGAUUGACAGAAUCUCAGCACAACACAAGCGCAGCGCAGUAGAGCGGGGAUCACGACUGUAACUUCAACCAGAAGAUUGUGUUCUCUGCUUGCUGCGAUCCUGAAACGGGAUCACUCCGUCUCUGAUUCUGACUGAUCGUGUUGGUGGACCCAGUUGCGCCACAAUGUAUGUGCUGUGCACACUGGUGUUGCUGUCUCUCCAAAACCUGUUCAGGAGACCCAGGGUCUUGGACACCUCAGAACCCAAGGCUAUCGAGGGUCCUGAGCAGCACAGACCAGAGGAAGCCAAACUGGGACGCAAGAAGAGGAACAAGCACACCUUGCAUGACGCUUCUGGACCUCUAGAGUCAUCAAGAGCCCAUGACUUCAAAAGAUGCCUCGAUGGACCCAGUAGUGCAAGUAAAAGAAGAUCGGUUCACUUGAAUAAUGUGCAUAAGAGGAAGAAGAGAACACAGCCGGUCCAGCGGUGUGGUCUGCUCGGCCCUGUGGUCAUGUACAGCACACGAAAGACCUGGGACGUCAGCCACACCCCCUGCCUGCAGGAGCUCUGGAACGAAGACCUCUCAUUGGAUGUUUCAGCGAGUUCCGUGGAUAUCCUGAUGAGUGAUGGUGAAGAGGAGAGCUCCUUCCUCUCGUUGCCCAACUCUGUCCUUCAGCGCCACUGUUUGACCUCUGACCUCUCUGAAGCAGCCACCUCAGAACAGCAGCAGCUGCUCAUACAGACGCUGCAAGAGCGAGUCUGUGAGUUCCAAGCGCGUUUGCACAGUGAAGACGCUGCCAGAAGACUCGUGCUACAGCGACUGCAGACACACGACCAGCAGCUCAACCUCCUGAACCAACCUCAGGAGCAGCUCCGACUGCAGGACGGCCAGCUCCACCAAGCUGUGUCCCCUACAGGUGUGAGGAGCUCUAGUGUUUUGACACAGAGGCCUGUGGAUUUCAGUAAAGUUCACUCCCAGGAGCAACUGCAAAAAGACGAGGGAGAACAACCCGCUCUCAUUACAGGGCUGCGCACACAGGUCAGGGAGCUGGAGGAGAAACUAGUGGAUCAGACGCAGGAGGUGGAGAGACUGCGCUCUGAGCUGGGGGCGACAGAUCUGGAGAAACAGCUGGAGGUGCUGGAGAGUGAGAACCAGCGGCUCAAACAGGAGCUGAGGACCAGUCAGACCCAGACCAGCUGUUCUCCCGGCCGCUGCCACCAGAGCCAGGAUGUGGAGGCCCUGCGUGGAGAGCUGUGUCGUAAGGACGAGGAGAGCCGUGAGCAGGAGCUUCGGCUGGCUGCGCUGGAGCAGCAGGUGCAGGAGAGGACGGGGACAGUAGUUCAGCUGCAGCAGCGGCUGGAGGAGACGGAGCAGCACAGACACGAGCUCCAGCAGCAGCUGACCUCACGGCUUCGAGACGGCGAGGAGGUGAGGAGUCGCCAGGUCAAGACGGUUGAAGUGGAGUCGGCUCAGUGUAAGCAGGCUUUACUGGAGGCUCAGGGCCGUAACCAGGCUCUGCAGGAGCAGCUGAGUGUUCAGAGACAGCUCCUCCGAGAGCUGGAGCAGCAGCUGCACGAGUCUCAGAGAAGCAGCAGUCAGCUCCGCCAGCAGAUCCUAGUGUAUGAGGGUGAGAUGGAGAGAGCUCAGGGUCAGCUGGAAGCAGAGAUGCAGAGUCUGGAGGAGGAGAAGAACCGAGUGAUCGAGGAAGCUUUCAUCAGAGCCGAGAGUGAGAUGAAGGCCGUCCACGAGAACCUAGCAGGUGUGCGGAUGAACCUCCUGACGCUGCAGCCGGCCCUGAGAACCCUCACCUGUGACUACAACUGUCUGAAGAGACAGGUGCAGGACUUCCCUUACAUGCUGGAGAAAGCCAUCACCGAGGCCAAGCAGGAGAUCUGUCAGGUGAUUGGAGAGGUGAGCAGUGCAAACCAAGAGCUGCUGCGCAAAUACAAGCGGGAGAUGAACCUGAGGAAGAAGUGCCACAACGAACUGGUGCGCCUCAAAGGAAACAUUCGUGUGCUGUGCCGAGUACGUCCCGUGUGUGCUGGAGAAACAGAUGCUGCUGACACCAAAAACAAAGUGACCUUUGACCCUGAUGAUGAUGCUGUUCUGUACUUGUCCAAUAAGGGCAAGCUCAUGACCUUUGAACUUGACAAAGUCUUUCCCACUCAGGCCAGUCAGGAGGAGGUGUUCCAGGAAGUGCAGUCUCUGGUCACUUCCUGUAUUGAUGGCUUCAACGUCUGCAUCUUUGCCUAUGGGCAGACCGGCUCUGGAAAGACCUAUACUAUGGAGGGUGUCCCUGAAGACCCUGGCAUCAACCAGCGUGCUCUGCGGCUGCUCUUCUCUGAAGUGUCAGAGAAAAAGCUCGACUGGGACUAUAAGAUCACCGUCAGCAUGGUGGAAAUCUACAAUGAGACACUUCGGAAUCUGUUGGGCGAUAAUCCCAGUGAGAAGCUGGAUAUAAAGAUGUGUCCGGACGGCAGUGGACAGCUGUACGUGCCAGGACUCACCGAGUUCACCGUGGAGAGCGUGGAGGACAUUAACAAGGUGUUUGACCUGGGACACGUGAACAGGGCGACAGCGUGCACUAAUCUAAACGAGCACAGCUCUCGCUCUCACGCUCUCCUGAUCGUCACGGUGGCAGGGUUCAACUCUUCCACGGGCCACCGCACCUCAGGUAAACUCAAUCUGGUGGAUCUGGCUGGUUCUGAGCGGAUUACUAAAUCCGGCGCCGAGGGCAGCCGUCUGCGUGAGGCUCAGUGCAUCAACAAAUCACUGUCUGCGCUGGGUGACGUCAUCAAUGCCCUGCGCUCCAAACACUCACACGUGCCCUUCAGGAACUCGCGUCUCACCUACCUGCUGCAGGGCUCGCUCAGCGGAGACAGCAAGACCCUCAUGAUGGUGCAGGUGUCUCCUCUGGAGAGUAACGUCAGUGAGUCGGUUUGCUCUCUGAAGUUCGCUCAGCGUGUUCGUACUGUUGAGAUCGGGCCCUCGUCUUCCUCGCGCCGCCAAGCAGAGAACUCCUCUACAUCCUCCUCUCCAACUCAUGACAGCGCGGAGCUGGAUUCUCCGCCCGUGACCCCUGUGCCGCUCCCCAUCUCAAGGGCUAGCAGUGCAAGUUCAACCCUCUCCUCCACCUCUAAAACCCCCACAACCCGCCGGAGGUCCCACAGUCAGCUGUCCACAGAUAGACAGGUAGACAGAAGCAGCCCAUUGGUUGGGGACCGUGGGCAGGUAGGUGGGGUUUUAUGUGGUUGGUCGCUUGGCAUGAACUGCUCAGCAUGGCAUGGUGCACCACACGUCACCUCAUUGAUGCCCACCCAUCUAACACAGCGCCUUUAACCCCAGGAAGUUUGUGUGUGUUCGUGUAAAUUGGGUUCAGCUGCUGUUUUGUUCUUGUGUCUUUUCAGUUUUGUUUGGUCUUGUACAAUCUUUACUGUAUUUGUCCAAAUGAUUUACAUCCAUUCUUAUGAUUUUUGCAACUGUGCACGGUUUGUGUGUGUGUGUGAGAAAGAUAGUGGUGAAAAUAUUUUAUUUUUUAUAUCUUCACCUACAGCUCUGCUUUUGAUUGGCUGGACUGUACUGUGGUGGUGAAAAAUGAAACCAUUUAUUCUUGUGACAAAUGUGAUUGAUUGAGUGCACUUGUAUGAUGGAUGGAUGCCUUUUUUGGGUUUCAAAAUCUUGACCUCCUUCACUGCUAUUAUUAAGCUUGGAAGAGCCAGGGCAUUUUUUUUAUAUAACUCUAAUUGCAUUCGUCUGAAAAAAGAAAAGUCAUAUAUGCCUAGGAUGGCUUGAGGGUGAAUAAUUUUCAUUUUCGGGUGAACUAUCGAUUUAUCUGUUAUCAUGUGAGGAUAUAGGAUUCACAGAAAUGUUCAGUACUGUUUAUGGUACAGUAGCUCUGUUGUAAGCUGCCUUCUGAUAAAACAAAAUGAAUAUUCAAUAUGAAUAUAUUGACAGCUGCUGUUAAUGCACCUGUUCAGAAUGAAAUGAACUUAUUUUUAAAAAAUCUAUUUUCCGUGAAACUGCAAAGAAAACUGUCCAACCAUUAGGAUUUUAGACUUUUGUUCAUGUGCCCGGAGACACUGCCAUUAGAUAGACUUUGACUUGUUGACGCCAAAGUCCUCUUGAGUAUCCAAGACUAAAGUCUAUCUCCUUGAAUGGGGAAAUCCUGAAAUCCCCAAAACCACUUACCACACUAUAACAUAUAUUUCAAAUCAG